CGUCAUUCAGUCAUCAACACCGAACCAACCGGGCGGUAACAAGAACCAUUUUAUUGUAAUUUUGUGACAUUUUCCACGGCAGGUGGCUUCGGAACAGGGCGAGGAGAUGGCUGGAGAAAUGUCCAUGAUAGGUUCGGUGAUCCUGGCUCUGCUCCUGGCCGGGUACCUGGGCCAGCAGUACCUGCCUCCCCCCACGCCUAAGGUCCUGGGGCUGGACCUGGGCACCACCUUCUGCUCCGUGGGCGUGCUGCACCCGGGCAGCGGGGAGGUGGAGGUCCUGGCGGACGAGGAGGGCCGGAGGAGCCUCCCCAGCACAGUGAGCUUCACCAGCACCGCGGUGCUGGCCGGACACGAAGCCCUGGACCGGGCCGACGGAAACCCGCACAACACCGUCUACGACGCCAAGAGGUUCAUCGGGAAGCUGUUUGAGCCCGGAGUCCUGGAGCAGGAGAGCAGCAGGUACCCGUUUGAGGUGGUGAACAACAAUGGAAGUGCAGAGUUUGUGAUCACCACCAACCACACCUUCAGCGUGACCCCGGAGUUCAUCGGCUCCCGGCUGCUGCUGAAGCUGAGGGAGACGGCUGAGCGGCAGCUGGGCGUUCCCAUCCACAAGGCCGUCAUCUCGGUGCCCGCAGAAUUCGACGAGAGACAAAGGAACUACACCGUCAGAGCUGCAAACCUUGCAGGUCUGGAGAUCUUGCGUGUGAUCAACGAGCCUACAGCCGCAGCCAUGGCCUACGGCCUGCACAAGGUGGACGUCUUCAACGUGCUGGUGGUGGACCUCGGUGGAGGGACCCUGGACGUGUCCCUGCUCAAUAAACAAGGGGGCAUGUUCCUCACCAGGGCCAUGGCAGGAAAUAACAAGCUCGGAGGUCAAGACUUCAGCCAGCGGUUGCUCCAGUACACCACAGAACGAAUCCGUCAGGAGUUCGGAGUGGCACCCACGCUCAAGGAGGACAUCCACCACCUCCGACAGGCAGUGGAGGCGGCCAAGCUCAACCUCACGCUCCACCCAGCGACCACGGUCAGGGUGCCGCUCCACCUCCACAGCCACGAGAGCGCCGACACGCCGGAAGGCCACGCUCCCAACGCUCUGUUCCAGGCCGAGCUCACCCGUGCGCUGUUCGAGCAGCUCAACGAGGAUCUCUUCCAGAAGAUCCUGGCCCCGGUGAAGAUCGUGUUAGCCGAAGGCCACCUGGAGAAGCAGGACGUGGAUGAGGUGGUUCUGGUCGGAGGCUCCACCAGGAUCCCGCGGAUCCGGCAGCUGAUCAGCCAGUUCUUUGGGAAGGAGCCCAACACGUCGGUGGACCCCGACCUGGCGGUGGUUACGGGCGUGGCCAUCCAGGCCGGCAUCAUGGGCGGCUCCUGGCCGCUGCAAGUGAGCGCCAUAGAAAUCCCCAACAGACACCUGCGCAAGACCAACUUCAGCUAAUCUCCCAAUCGGUCCGAAUAUUUAUUAAGAUGGGACGUGCCAGUCUUUUCUACCAGUGUUAUGACUGUACUUUUUUUGUGUGUUUAAUUUAACAUCUGUUGAUGGGAGAGAAAUGCACGACUUAAAGCGCUUUCCCCUGAAGAAAAAGAAAGUCAAAAAUGACACAGCACAUGUGGAACUCGUUUCCUCAACAGUAAGAAAGGAGAAGUGAACAGUUGGGUUUCACACUCUUUAACGUGACGGAUGUGGUGGGUUUUUCUGACCAGUUACAGCAGAAAAAACAUGAAAUGUGACUGAAGAGCAUCGACCUGCUGCUCCACUGGGAAUCAAUUCAGGAAACAUCCACUUGUUCAAAGGAUGUUUUGAAGCAUCCAGUGCAACUUCACCUUAAUUUAUUUAUGUUAUGUUUUUUGGCUCCGAGUAUGUCUUUUUUGUGUGUGUGCGUUUGGCAGAUAUCUCUGCUGGUAAGGUUGUGCCUGUGAGCUUUCUGCAGGUUCAUCAAGUCUUAAUAUGGCUUCAUGGUUUGCAUCACAUUUGGUCGGGAGGAUGACUGGAAGUCUGGGAAAUCUCAGUUUAAAUAUUAAUAUACACACUUAAUUUAAAAGGACUCUACUGUAAUGUUAGAUUUAAUCCUUUAUUAGUCCGCCUUCUUGUUGAAGUGCAGAGUCCCUAAGCACCAAACCAAGAAGCCUUAAGUUUCAUCAGUCUCUCGUCUUUAGCAUGAUGAGUAAAGUACAGAUUGAUCUGGUUAUUCUCCUCCGAGGGAGGAGGAACUUUCAAGACUUCUUUGUCAGCCAACUUUGUUUUUGUGCAAUAAUGAAUGCUGUAAAUGGAAAUACUGUGUACUAGGACAGCCUGCUUUAGCUGCUGUAGGGGGUCAGUUCUGUCAGUCCUACAGGAGGACCAAAGUGUUGCUCAUCAGUGCCUUGUGUAUCUGCUGUUGAAGUUACUGCCACGACUAAAAUGUUGAUAUUUGUGGAUAUCAGUACGUUUAUUUGAACGCAUUCCCCCACUUUCAUCCUGCUAGUCAGGAGGCUGGUUGUUCCACAUCCAGUUUGGCUGAUCUGCAUCUCUGAAAUCAUGAGUCUCGGCACUGAACUCAAUGUACUCACAUUCCUUUAAUAGGUAUCACAGCUAGUCGUUUUUGCCAAAUGUAAUUUUGUGAGUUUGUUUUGUUAGAUCCACUGAUGUUGAUUUGCUUCAGCCUUCCAUGGAAAAGAUACUGGUGGUUAAUUUCAGUCCCCAGUGGGUGAAUGUAACACUGGGAUCUUUUUGUACUGCAGGUUUUACACAACACAGACCUCGAUGUCUUGAGCUCGGGACAUUGAGACUGUAAUCUGCCCUCCACAUUAAAAUAUCAUUUCUCAACUUUACCAAUGUCCCUUUAUUUUGAAAAGUUAAGCUUCAGUGUUGCUCCCAAAGUACUUAACACACAUUCCACAUAGUUUAAAGUCACCCAGAUGAGACAAAUAUUGAUGAAAGGGCUUGCGGAUAGUUACAAUCUUAAUUCUUUGAGUAGCACGAAUGCUCUUUUUCAAGUGUUGCAGUUAGCGCUUUCAUUACCUUCCUGCUUUACUGGAGCUCAAAAAGCACAGAACAGGCUCUCACUGGACUUAAACAAAUCAAAAGAUGCACACAAGGCAAAUCAAUAUAUUAUAAGAUUUACUAUUGAUUUUGGAGGCACAGUAAUACCCAAAGAGAUAAAACAAAAGGCAAUUGGUAUGUUGACAGUGUAGCCCCAUUUCAUUUGCAGCGUUUACAUCCCAACGAGACGGGUUUGCCGGCACUGAAAAACCAGCGAUUUUACUGCAACUCAAAAGGCCAGACCUGCUACUGUAAUGAUUCAACUGUCACAUUAAAGGUUAUCGUCGUUGGCUGGAGCAUCUCACGCGUUAGCUCUCCUAUUACAUACACAUACAACAUAGCACUGCAUGCAAGGUAAAAACAUAUCCAGUCAGAAAACACAGUACAAUAAAUGCAUCUUGACAAAGGAAACGAUCAAAAACAUGUCACCAUUAAACAAACAAA